CGAGCCCGCGCGCGGCGCCGGAGACCGCGGGCCCGGGCGCCGCCCCCUCAGGUGAGGGCUUCGUCUCACAUCCUUCGCGCCUUCCCUGCGCGGCCCCCGGUUCUUCCUCCUCCUCCUCUGGUCGACCAGAUAGCGCUGCGCGGGCCCAGCCGCCUUCUCUGCCCACCGGACCCCGAGGAGCCGACAUGUUGGUGAUACCUCCCGGGCUGAGCGAAGAGGAAGAGGCGCUGCAGAAGAAAUUCAACAAGCUCAAGAAGAAGAAAAAAGCCUUGCUGGCCCUGAAGAAGCAAAGUAGCAGCGGCACGGCGAGCCAGGGUGGCGUCAAACGCUCGCUAUCGGAGCAGCCUGUGGUGGACACUGCCACAGCAACAGAACAGGCCAAGCAGCUGGUGAAGUCGGGAGCCAUCAGUGCCAUCAAGGCUGAAACCAAGAACUCAGGCUUCAAACGUUCUCGGACCCUCGAGGGCAAGUUAAAGGACCCUGAGAAGGGGCCUGUCCCCACUUUCCAGCCGUUCCAGAGGAGCGUAUCCGCUGACGAGGACCUGCAGGAGUCAUCCAGACGUCCCCAGAGGAAAUCUCUGUAUGAAAGCUUUGUGUCUUCUAGUGAUCGGCUGCGGGAGCUGGGACCAGAUGGAGAAGAAGCAGAGGGCCCCGGGGCUGCUGAUGGCCCACCUCGAGGCUUUGACUGGAGCUAUGAAGAACACAGUGGUGCCCGCUCCUCAGCCUCCCCUCCCCGAAGCCGCAGCCGGGACCGAAGUCAUGAGAGGAGCCGAGAUAGGGACCGGGACAAAGACCGCGACAGAGAUCGGGAUCGAGACAGAGACCGUGACAGAGACAAAGACAGAGACCGCGACAGAGAUCGAGACAAAGAUAAAGACCGGGAGCGAGACAGAGACCGGGAGCGAGACAGGGAGCGAGAGGGCCCUUUCCGCAGGUCAGACUCGUUCCCCGAAAGGAGGGCCCCUCGGAAGGGGAACACUCUGUAUGUGUAUGGAGAGGACAUGACGCCCACCCUCCUCCGAGGGGCCUUCUCUCCCUUUGGAAACAUCAUCGAUCUCUCCAUGGAUCCACCCAGAAACUGUGCCUUCGUCACCUAUGAGAAGAUGGAGUCUGCGGAUCAAGCCGUGGCUGAGCUCAAUGGAACCCAGGUGGAAUCCGUGCAGCUCAAAGUCAACAUAGCCCGCAAACAGCCCAUGCUGGACGCUGCUACUGGCAAGUCUGUCUGGGGUUCCCUUGCCGUCCAGAACAGCCCUAAGGGCUGCCACCGGGACAAGAGGACCCAGAUUGUGUACAGUGACGAUCUGUAGGAAACCUUUGUGGAUGGCUUCUAGGACACGAAGCUGGAUUCCUUGUGCCUCAUAUGCCCCCAAGCUGGUCUCAGUAAAAUCCUGGGGCAGAAGCUCAUUCACCUCCUUCAGCCUCUAGUUUUUCAGUACUUGGGAUGGGGUUAAACCUUCAGAAGUGGCUGUCAGUGUUAAUGUUACUUUGUAGCAAGAUGACCAGUGCACAUCCCCUGCUCCCUUACCCCCAAAAAGACGUGGAACACAGUCUUGAUUGCAGC